GCCAGCGGCGGAAGGGGGCGGGGCUUGUUUGGCGCGCUCCGGCCGGGCCGCGAUGCUUUUCUACUCCUUCUUCAAGUCCCUGGUGGGCAAGGACGUGGUGGUCGAGCUCAAGAACGACCUGAGCAUCUGUGGGACGCUGCACUCGGUGGAUCAGUACCUGAACAUCAAACUGACCGACAUCAGCGUCACGGACCCCGAGAAAUACCCGCACAUGCUGUCGGUGAAGAAUUGCUUCAUCCGCGGCUCCGUGGUUCGCUACGUGCAGCUCCCGGCCGACGAGGUGGACACGCAGCUGCUGCAGGACGCGGCGCGCAAGGAGGCGCUGCAGCAGAAACAGUGACCCCUCCCCAAAUCCCCUGAGACCCCUCCCCAAAUCCCCUGAGACCCCUCCUCAAAUUCCACCCGAAUUCCAC